GAAGCCUUGGGAUGUCCGAGUCUCAAGAGUCAUAAACCUCAGACCUCGCCAUCAUCUCCGCGCCUCAGGAUGGGGCCUUCCCUGCAUGUCUCGCCCUAAUCUGCAGGAUAGUCACGCUGCGCCCUUCCACUGAAGACCCUGCAGUGCUGACCAUGCUCUGGCGCCCUCCGCUCCUGCUCUCCGCCUUGUAUUGGGUCCUGUUCAUGUUGCAGACUUCAGUAACAGCUGACGAGUGCACGGAGCGCUGCGACCUGUACCACGGACACUGCGACGAGGACGCUGUGUGCAGGUGUGACCCCGGUUGGGACGGUCCAUUCUGUGAGGACUGUGUGAGGAUGCCCGGCUGCGUCCAUGGCGUGUGCCACCAGCCCUGGCAGUGCAUGUGUCUGAGCGGCUGGGACGGGAAGUUCUGUGACAAGGAUCUGCACAUCUGCGAGCGCUCCAGUCCCUGCCAGAACGGGGCAGAAUGCGUCAUUACCCCUGAGGGCGAUUAUUCCUGCGACUGCCCAGAAUCCUUCCAUGGCAAAAACUGUGAACUCAAGAGAGGGCCCUGCGAGGCACAAGGGUUACCAUGCCAGAAUGGUGGGACGUGCCUGGAUGACGGGGGCUACGCAGAGGUCUUCACGUGUCGCUGUUUGGCUGGUUACGUGGGUCGACUGUGUGAGACAGAUGUUGAUGACUGCCUGAUGCGUCCGUGCGCUAAUGGAGCCACCUGUGUAGACGGGGUCAACCGCUUCUCAUGUCAAUGUCCUCCAGGCUUCCAGGGACGCUUCUGCACAGUCAACAUUGACGAUUGUGCCGGGCGGCCAUGUCACAAUGGCGGAAGGUGCUACGAUCGGGUCGGAGACUACGAGUGUUAUUGUCCUGCUGGAUUUACUGGAACGUCCUGUGAGAUCCUGGUCCCCCGGCCCACAUGGGAAUAUGAGGCUGGAACGUCAGCCAGGGCACCCUCGGAACCUUCAGGGAGGACGGUCAGCAGCACCCGGUGGAGUCCGGGAUCCACUGAGAAGCCCGGUCACUUCAAGAUCUCGGUGAAGGAGGUGGUGACUCAGCGGGAGCAUGGCCUCAGCGAACUGCAGCUAAUCACCAUCGCUGUGCUCGGGGUGAUAACGGUUGUGGUGAUUAUUCUCACCGUGCUGCUUAUGAUGAGGCACCGGAGCCGAGGCGCCUCAUGCUGGUGUCAUCAGACCUCACCAGAAACCAAGACCCAUUAUCACCAGUGUCAGGGGAUGUCGCAGGAGCAUGGGAAGACCACAGAGUUGUGAGCAGUCAGUGUACAUAAUGGCAGCCUCAGACGGACCUGUGGUCACUAGAUAAACUUGUUUAGGAACCAGCGUGGAGACUACAGGGGCCACAAAAUAACCCCAGGAUGACGGGGGUGGUGAGAAGGUCAUCUGCAUUAGGACCAAGAGUCUCAUGCUCUACCAAGAACCUUCAUAUUUAGCUGGUGCCGGCCUCCACCUGGUCACAUAAGCAGGGCACCCCCUCCAACAGACAUGGGACUAUUUGUGGAGAAAUCAUAUAAAUCCUGAUCUGACCAGAGCGGCCCGGCGUUGCCCCCCACGUACGAUGCCUCCUACUCCCCGCUCUCCUACACAGAUAACACAGCUGAAGGACAAACCCAAGCGGCCAACAUUACCCUGGUGACACCGAUAUAUACAAAUCUGCACUGUGAUGUACCUAUCCCAAAGCUUCGUUCCAAGGAGUCUGAACAGUUAUGAACAAGGAGGCUCAGGAUGAACAGAAAGCCUUUCCCAAGGGAGAAAAUAAAAACAUACAUCAUAUGAGUAGAGCGCCCUCUACAG